AUGAGCGUGUGCGGCUGGGCUGUCCUGGCGGUGGCCGUGGCCCUCGGGUACCUCGUGCAGGCCAACCUCGGGACGCUCGCGUACGGCAAGGAGCUCGGCUUCGCGGCGGCGGAGGCCUGCGCUUUGCACCAGCUCCCGACGCCUUGCGAGGACCUCACGGCCUUCCGGCCCGGGGCGCUGUUUGCCGGCGGCGGGGAUCUCUGGAGCACCUUUGCCCUCGGAUCGGAGCAGGCCGUGGCCGGCGCCAUCUACCUCGUGGAGGGCACCAAGGUCACGCCGCUGCCGAUCCUCGGCGAGCCGCCGAAGCUCGUGCUCCACGGGAUCUACUUCUCGGCCAGGAGCCGCCGACUCUACGGCGUGAACCACGACGAGGCUACGGGCGAGUCGAUCGAGGUCUUUGACGUGCUCGAAGAAGACGGCGUCUCGCUCAAGCACGCGGGGUCGAUCCGGUCGCCGCUCUUCGCCAACUUCGCGCUCAAUGACGUCGUCGAGGGCGCGGGAAAGGACGAGGUCUACGUCACCGAGUGGCAGGCGGCGGCCUUCCCUGCUGGCGGCAAGCGCGGCCUCAGCAGCGCUCCGCUCGAGCUCAGGCUCAAGCGGGCCCUCAGCUCGCCGCUCACCUUUUUCAAAGUCCCGCUCACGCGGGUCUUCCGCUGCACCGUCAGUACGCAGCGGUGCAGCGUCGCGAGCUCCGCGCGCUUCGUCGGCGCGAACGGCAUCGCGAUUUCGGACGACCGGCACACGGUCUUCGUGAACGAUGCGCCGGCGCAGCGGCUCACGGUGCUGGCGCGCCAGCCUGACGGCUCGUUGGAGGAGGUGUCGUCCUUCGGGCUCAAGCACAUCGUGGACAACCUCGAGAUGACGGCGGACGGCGCGCUGCACGCUGGGACCAUCCCCUUCCCGUACGCCUCCGCGAGCGUGUGCCAGGAGGCGCCGGCACUGAGCGCGUCCAAGGUCGUCAGCGGCCGGCCGGUCAGCUGCGGCGCCCAGCCCGGAGGCCUCCUUGAGAUCGGGCUGCUCGGCACCGGCGAGAGCGCGAGAGGCAAGUCGUUCGUCGAUGGCCGCCAGACGGACAUCUUGACGCACGACGGCACGGCGCUCGACGGCGUCUCCAGUGCGCUCCGCGUCGGCGCCAAAGUCGUCCUCGGAUCGCCGCACGCCAAGGGCCUCCUCUUCUGUGACGCCUGA